AUGGUCCGCGCCUGUCGCCCGUCGCCCGCCGCCUCCCACCGCCUGCCACUCCGAGUGCCGCCCCCAGUCCGGCUGGGAGGCCCCCGCUCUCUGGCGGAGUUCUAUCAUCCUGCUCAGGAGUACAAUGCUCGAGUGGCCUCUAGGUACUUCAAGGGACCAGAGCUCCUUGUGGACUAUCAGAUGUAUGAUUACAGCUUGGACAUGUGGAGCUUGGGCUGUUGGUUAGCAAGCAUGAUAUUCCAAAAGGAGCCAUUCUUCCAUGGGCAGGACAACUAUGACCAACUUGUUGGAAUUGCCAAGGUUCUGGGGACAGAUGAACUGUAUGGGUAUCUGAAGAAGUAUCACAUAGACCUAGAUCCGCACUUCAGUGAUAUCUUGGGACAACAUUCACGAAAGCGCUGGGAAAACUUUAUCCAUAGUGAGACUAGACACCUUGUCAGCCCCGAAACCCUAGAUCUUCUUGACAAGCUCCUGCAGUGCGACCAUCAACAGAGACUGACUACCAAAGAGGCCGUGGAACACCCGUACUUCUCCCCUGUGGUGAAGGAGCAGUCCCAGCCUCGCGCCAAGGACGCAGUGCUUUCCAGUGGUCUCACCGCAGCACCAUGA